UUUCUCGCUGAUUUCCAACCAGACAUCAUCUCAAUCACCAUGAGGGUUGCUGCCUUCCUCGCCUGCCUGUCACUGGCAUUUGCCUUCCGACCACCAUCCAAGCGGAUCAUGGGGGGAACGGAGUCCCCUGUAGGUAGCCGGCCGUAUCAGGUCGCUCUCAUGUCAAGCGACCAUGGCUCGGACCAAUUCUGCGGUGGUGUCUUAGUCCACAAGAAAUGGGUUUUAACGUCUGCCCAUUGCAGCCAAGGGUCUAAAACCGUGUACGUUGGACUCGGGUUUACCGACCUAAAGAACCAGGCUGGUACACAGGUAAUUAUGGGAACGUAUCGACCCCACCCAAAGUUCGACACCGCCACGUAUGACGAUGAUAUCUCUCUCAUUGAGCUUGAGGAGGAGGCGGUACUUAACAGUCUCGUCGAGCCCAUUGCACUCGCUAGGAGGGGCAGUGACCCCGCGGAUGGAACUACACUACUGGUCAGUGGAUGGGGCAGUACUUCAGGUUAUGGUAGUUUGGUUUGGGAGUUGAUGCAGGUGGAUGUGAUGGUAGUUGAACGACGACUUUGUGAUUCCUGGUACUCUGGUGUUUCUAUUACUGAUAACAUGUUCUGUGCGGGGACCAGUGGCAAGGACGCAUGCUUGGGUGACAGUGGAAGUCCCGUGGUCAGCAACUAUGAUGACAAAGUCCACAAACCAGGAGUGGUUCUAGAAGGGACUGUCAGCUGGACAUGGGGCUGUAACAAUCCCGGGUAUCCUGGCAUCUACAUGCGCAUUGCUAAUUACUGUGACUGGUUAUCAGCCAAUUCGGGAGGUGACGUCACCUGCUAAAAAUAGCUGCGAAAGAUUGAAAAUUGUUUGUGCAUUUUGUUGAUCUAUUGCUAUUUUAAACGUGUUUGGUUGUAAGAAAUAAAGUAAACAUAAUGGUAAUAUAAAUUGAUCGAAAGUAAUGAUUUACUGUUACAAUUUGGGGGUACAGGGAGACUUUUAGAAACUAUGACAUGCAUGGGAUAAUGUAGCCCUUUUUAGUAAGUUUCUGAUGAAGUUUCCAGAACUACCAACCAUGCUAACCUGUACCACAUAUGGCUAAGUUUUCUUGAUGUUUUCUUCGGCGAAACCACCACUAGUGUCAACAGGCUGUUUAUCAACAAAUUGUGUUUACUCCACCAAACGAAAAUCAAGUUCAAAAUAUUACCCGUUCAAAGUUCUCUAUUUUAUACAUAGCAAAUAGCACGGGAAAUGACAAACUAUACACCAUGAGUUGAUCAUUGUUUGACUUUACAAAAUCCAUCAAAUGUCCUCUCCUUCAUGCACAUCCACAGAGUUGCAAACAAAAAUCUCAAUAUUUGGCUAACAGCCACACCAGGCUGAACUAAAUCAUGUCAACAGAUACCUGGUUGGGUUGGGAUUUGUUUUAUUGAAUUUGUAUGAAAGGAAUUGUUUUCACCCCCAAAUUAACUUAGUUAUCAUAAACGGUUUGUUGGAAACAGUACGAUGGUGUAAAAGCGUUUGUGUACAGACUCUAAUGUGGUCACCAAAGGUUUUAAGUUCUGUACGGGCAAGGGUUUUCCACCUCCCCGUCUCUCAAUAACGGCUAAAUGAACCCCAAUAAAGGGGGAAUGAAAUAUACAGAUUAAAACAAGCUGUUGAUUGUA